GAGAUUAGUCUUAAGCAGCUCAUUGAAAGUGAAGGAAGAAGAAAAAAAAUGCGAAAGAACUCCAAUUUAUUGAGAUUAGUGCAAGUGGUUUUAGUCAUAGCGGUUACUUGCGUGGGAGAAUCCCAUGAAUCCGACGGUAAGCCUGGAUGUCGAACACGCUAUGAAUUCUCGCGUCUCUGGCGUCACGGUGAGGUGAAUAAUGUUUUCUGGGAGUGCACAAAUUGGCGUCAAGCAACCGCAAGACAGUGUCCGAAGGAAACUUUCUUCAAUGAAUGGUGGCAAACGUGUGUACCGUUGCAAAUGUGGGAGGAGACACCUUUCAUGGAACCCCCAUCGAGUGCGUACGAUGAUGAAGAUCCGUGUGAAGUGAUUGACAUUGAACCGGAGUGUCCUAUUAAUCCACAACCGACACCUAAACCAACUGAUCCACCUACAACUGCACCAGUAACGUCUCCUGAGUCAACUACCAUUGAAACAACGACAACGGAAACGGCUCCAGAAACAACUCCUGAAGCAACGACAACGGAGACUGCUCCAGAAACAACAGUUCCUACAACUACUCCAGAAGUAACAACUCCUACAACAACCGAAUCAACAACAACAACUACUACUGAGGUAACUACGCAAAAUCCUGAAGAUCCUCCAGAUGAUACAACGCUUGAAACAUCAGACGUUCCAACGCAGUCUACAACAGAAAGUUCUACAACAACCACGACAACAACACAGAAGGAAACCACGACAACGGAAGAAAUAACUCCUGAUCCAACAACAUCAGCCCCAACGGAAACUACAACGAAAUCCCAAUUCGCCCUGUGCCCAGGUGCCGAUGAAUCCCGUCUAACUGAAGGAGAUCAGAGUUGUCAGCGUCCUGUUUGCAAUAAUGAGCUGUAUCAGAAUAAAACCAGACUUCCUUCUCUGGAUCCCGGGCAGUACUACACAUGCAUCAACUCUGCAGUUCUUAUGACUAACAACUGCAACAGCCCAACGCACUGUUUCAGCUUUUCCCGGCAGAUGUGCGUUACUCCCGAUGAAUGGUUCAACCCCUGUGGGAAUGUUAAAAAAUGAUUUUGAAAAAGAAAAAUCCUUUUUAUAAAAUAAAUUUAAAAAAAAAUACAAAUUAAUAGCAGCAUGGUGAUAAAGCUUUAUUUUAUACAAGAAAAUAAGAAAAUAGAAGACUCUUGAACUCA